UGAUGGCGUUAGUUCUAUUGUAUCGAGGCAGUGCUAUCGAAGAUUUGUCUAUCGCGUCGUCUAAUUAACUAUGGCUGGUACGCGUUCAUUCCUAGCAUUACUGCUCUACUAUUGGUACCACAACGAUUAGAUUUUUUUGAUAAUCAUAUAUGGACGAUUCCGGAUUUAUGCGCACCUUACGCUUGAAUGGAGGACACCAAUAUGCCUAUAAAAAUGUUCUAUAUUAUUCCUAUUUCCAUUAUUUCCCGGUUUGCUGGGCAAUAUUUGUUUAACUGAGUCGAAUCAGCAAAUAUCCACGAGAGAUAAAUUACCACGGGCUUUUAAAUCACUUGCUGAGAAAACACCGAGGUUUCUCCCUUUAAGAUCUGCAACUUCAUAGGAACUGGAUCCUUUUCGAGAAAGAAUAACGCAGGGUUCAUACACUUCCCCUAAUUUGGCGUUGAAAUUAUCCCUAGCUGAGGAUUGACGGAAAGUCCUUUUAUAGACACGUUGACCUAUAUCGAAAAUCGUAAUAUGUAACCGAUUACUCGCGGUUGGCUCGAGGUUAGUAUUACAAGUGUUUUCGUAAUUCGGAUGUUGCUGUCUCCAAUGCUCUGUACGUGUGCCCGACACGGGAUACUUCCUAUUGGGAUGCAGCUAACCCUUAAUCAGCAACGCCCCCCCUAGUCUGUACCUUAUAUCUAGCGUGGUGCGUCUUUCUCGACUCGAGGAAUCCAGGAUAGAAUGGUCACUAACCGGCGCAAUCAUCAGUUCAUGUAGAGUUGUCAUGAGCGGUACAACCUUUGGCUCUUGUUGAAUGAUCAGUGGACUGCACAACCUUUGGCCCGUGUAUCUGUAAAAAGUGUGUGUAUGUAUUGCCGCGGCUAAGUAAAAGUUUAUCGAUCGGAUAGGAGGGAUAUAAAACGGGGACACAACGAAGGAAACAUCAUUAAACGUUGACAUCUGCGUUUCUGAGGAACAGGUAUAGAUGAAGCAGAAGAUCAGGAUCACGGCUACCUAAGAUAUCCCGGACGGGGAUCUCCGAUUGUCUGCCUUAUGCUCUCAGUGCUCUAGAGAGCUGAGAGCGAGCAGUAUGGAACCGGAUACACGACCAGACAACAUGCUCGAUGUCGUGGCUUAUGUCUUAAAUCAUAUUUCUUUCUAGUAGUCUCGUUAGCUCGCUUUAAAUGAAUAAUCACAUUUUCGUAAACAGUUUUACUGAUUGUUUUCAAUCGCUUUAAUCUCUCCUCUGGAGAGUAAUCAUCUUCAUCUUGUAGUAGAUGUUCGGUUCCUUUCGUCACGAUUUCGUGUCCGAAGAUCACUCGAUAAGGUGUAUAUUUUGUAGUAGAGUGGAUUGUGUUAUUCAACACAAAUUCCACUUCAGAUAUUUUCGUAUCCCAUACUCUUUGAUUUUCCCGUACGUAGCUCCUAAUCAUCGCAUUGAUCGUGCGGUUUAGUCGUUCUGUGGGGUUUGCUUGGCUAUGAUGCCUCGCACUGGCCCAAUGUUGAAUUUCAUAUUUAUUGAGCAUUUCUUGAAAUUCUUUGGAUAGAAAUGUUGCAUUAUCGGUUAUUAUAAAUUGGGGAACAGACAACCGUCUGAACCACAACUGUUCAACGUUUUCACAAACGCUGCUUGAAGAAAUUUUCCGAACAGGAAUCAGAAGACAGUAUUUUGAAAAUACGUCCAUGAGAACAAGCAAAUGGGUAUUGCCUCGAGCACUUCUCGGGAGAGAUUGGAUGUAAUCCAUUGUUAGGAUCUGAAAAGGUCUGGUCGUAACACGCUGGUUGCUCAUUUCGGGAACAACAGACGUUGUCGAAUGCUUGAUCCGUUUGCAAAUAUCGCAAUUGAGUACAUAUUUCUUUAUGUCCGCGGCCAUACGUGGCCAAUAAUAACGCUUUUUGAUUUUCUCAACCGUUUUUUCAUAUCCAAUAUGGAAUGAAUUAUCAUGUUCUUUCAUCAGAAUGUCCUUGCGUGACGAUUCUGGAACACACAAUUUCCAAUCAAAGGUGUAAUCUAAAACAUCAGAUUGCGAGGAAACAAGCUUAUAAAGCUUUCCCUUUUCAAGUUUAAAGUCCAUGUACUUCUCGGGUUCACGCUGAAUUGAAAUGAACAGUCGAGAGUACCAAUCAUCUCUGGUUUCUAUCUCUGAGAUCUCCAUUGACCUUGACAAAGCGUCUGGUGCUCAAACACCGUUCUCUUUCCCUUUACGGUGUUUGAGCACCAUAUCGUACUGCUGAAGUUCGAUGCUCCACCGCGACAAUCUAGAGGACGUCCUCCACUUCGAACGCAUUAUGAAGGUCAAGGCUGACGAGUCAGUCACCGAAAUUUAUCUAUACAUCUGAGAGCUGCCAACCCUUCCUUUUCUGCGGCAUGGUAAUUGAGUUCAGCUCCUUUCAAUUUUUCAGAGUGGUAUGGCUCGGAAUGACUUAUCGGCUUCAUUCGUCCACGUCACUGUCUUUGGUCGGUUUUUGAUCAAAUCAGUGAGCGGAACGGUAAGUGCACUAAAUUGGUCAAUGAACCGUCGGUAAUAAUUGACCAUACCGAGGAACCCAGCAAACAUUAAAUCGCAUAACAAGCGUAUAUAUAACAUCAUAUGCCCUAAAAUUUGGUUGGCAUAUAAUGCGCCUAACUGGCAUAUGCAUGCAAAAGUGGAGGCCAUAUACAUACAUGGCAAAUGCUUACCGAAUUUGUUUGGAUGAAUAUGCAACUUUGACCGGCUAUAAUAGCGAUUAUGUUGGAAUUGAAUUGCGAUCUAAUAUGAAUAUAUUCAUGAAUUGUCAAAGCACCAAAUACGACUUUUGCCAUACUCAUAUACGAUUUAUUACAGACAUAGAAAAAAACAAAUGGCGCAAAAUAUUUUCGUGAAAUGUUUAUUAUAACCUCUCGAAUCGCCAUUUUUAUAUAUGAGUAUUUAUGUUCGUAGAAAUAAUAGUUGAUUGAUUGACUUAUGUUGGGAGUGGAAUAUGAAUGUUUAAAAUGACACAGAUCAAACAUCAGGUGGAAACUGCUCCGAUGUGGGUUCGAACUCCGGUCGUCUGGAUUAUCAUCCACCAGCUAUCUCGCGCGGCUAUCUGAAAUUUAAUUCAACAGCGGUUAAAACUUUCGAGAGCAUCAGCAUUUCAUUGACAUUUCAAUAUGAUGUAAUAUGUUCUUUAUUAGGAUCUAAUAUGAUUACUGUUUCAUGAUUUUAUUCAGCAUGCAUGCGAUUUAAAAUAUACACGAUACAUACUUUGAUUGAUAUUAUAUGCGAUUAUGAUUUAUUCGGAUUUCUUGUAAGACUUGGUACGUGCAAAAUUAUACGAUUUAAUGUUUGCUGGGAAUCUGCGUAGUGCACGAACGGAUUUGGGCACCUCAUACGCAACAAUCGCGUGUACGCGAUCGGGAUUGGGUCUUAUACCGUCUUUGGAUAGGAUGUGUCCCAAACAAGGCAAUUCCGGCCAAUCAAAAUUUGGACUUCUCUAAUUUUAUUCGUAAGUCUGCAAUUCGCAAACGUUUAGCUAGCUCUUUUAAAUUUUUGAUGUGUUCUUGGAAGGUUCUACUAGCGACAACAAUGUCAUCCAAGUAUACAAAAAUAUUGGGUUCGAGUUCUCCAAAUCCCAAUACUCUGUCCAUUAAUUUGCUCAAUGUCGCAGGACUAUUCAUUAGUCCGAAUGGCAAUCUUUUGAACUGGAAAAGUCCUCGUCCAGGGAUCGAAAAGGCUGUAUAUGGACGAGAUUCUACGCUAAGGGGAAUUUGAAGAAAUGCUUGACUAAGGUCAAUGGUUGUUAAAUACUUGAAUGAUCCCAAUCGACAUAAAAUGCGAUUUUGAUGAGGAAGUGGAUAAGCAUCACGUUUCGUACGCUCGUUUAAUUUCCUUGCAUCGAGACAUAGCCUCACAUCAUCGCUACCUCGCUUCGCAACUGGGACCACAGGUUGUGCCCAUUCUGAUCGUGAUGAUUCAACAAUAUCGUCUCUGAUCAUGUUAUCUAAUGCUCGAUGGAUUUUACGUUGUGUUUCAGGGCUCCAUGGGUAUGGGUUUUUCCGUAUUGGAGGUUGGUUUUGAAAUUCAUCUUUGAUUUCAAUAGAGUAUGCGAGUAAUUUAGUACAACCUAUAUCUCCAGGAGUGGGUACUAAAAAUAACUUUUGACGUAGGACUAUGUCUAACCGGAAGAUAUAGGGGGUGAAAUGGAAAUCUAGACACUGAACAUAUAGGAAAAAAUGCAAGAUUUGGAACGCUUAUAACUCGAGCAUUUCUCAAUAGAUGAUAGGAAAUAUAUCUACGCAUCUAUCAUAACGAAUAACAUUUCAUUUUUCUUGAGAUAAAUAAUUGAAUAAUUGUAAAAUAUCAAGCAUUGUCAAAAUGCACUAUGUGCCUAUUUUUGAUUGGUCCAUUUUGUGCUCCUCAAAUCGUACCGACCAAAACGGGCAACCAGAGCAGCAGCGAAAUAGAAUGAAGCACGAUUGGAAAGUGUUGGGGUUAACUGGCCACCCUAACCAAACAUAACCACUAGGCUCUCCGCUGACAGCCUCGACUGUCUGUUCGGUUGACGUCAAGAGGUAGAAAGCCAUUAUGUGUUAUUGUAUUGUGAUGUAGAAUUAUAUAGUCACGUUUUAUCGUUCUAAAUACAGUUUAGUUUUAACCCGCGAUUUUAUUGCCCUAAUGGGCCACCUGAGUAACAUCACAAAAGUGGCGACGAGUGUAAACGUUUUUUUUUUUUUGUUGGGUUCUCCGGUUUCGAGUAGCGAAAACGCGUCCGAAAAUUCACCACCACCACGACGCCUCCAAGGAAGAGGAGAAAGCGCACAUAUAGCGUAAUGGAGGAGCAGCAGCAAGCGGGAUUGGGUCUUAUACCGUCUUUGGAUAGGAUGUGUCCCAAACAAGGCAAUUCCGGCCAAUCAAAAUUUGGACUUCUCUAAUUUUAUUCGUAAGUCUGCAAUUCGCAAACGUUUAGCUAGCUCUUUUAAAUUUUUGAUGUGUUCUUGGAAGGUUCUACUAGCGACAACAAUGUCAUCCAAGUAUACAAAAAUAUUGGGUUCGAGUUCUCCAAAUCCCAAUACUCUGUCCAUUAAUUUGCUCAAUGUCGCAGGACUAUUCAUUAGUCCGAAUGGCAAUCUUUUGAACUGGAAAAGUCCUCGUCCAGGGAUCGAAAAGGCUGUAUAUGGACGAGAUUCUACGCUAAGGGGAAUUUGAAGAAAUGCUUGACUAAGGUCAAUGGUUGUUAAAUACUUGAAUGAUCCCAAUCGACAUAAAAUGCGAUUUUGAUGAGGAAGUGGAUAAGCAUAACGUUUCGUACGCUCGUUUAAUUUCCUUGCAUCGAGACAUAGCCUCACAUCAUCGCUACCUCGCUUCGCAACUGGGACCACAGGUUGUGCCCAUUCUGAUCGUGAUGAUUCAACAAUAUCGUCUCUGAUCAUGUUAUCUAAUGCUCGAUGGAUUUUACGUUGUGUUUCAGGGCUCCAUGGGUAUGGGUUUUUCCGUAUUGGAGGUUGGUUUCGAAAUUCAUCUUUGAUUUCAAUAGAGUAUGCGAGUAAUUUAGUACAACCUAUAUCUCCAGGAGUGGGUACUAAAAAUAACUUUUGACGUAGGACUACGUCUAACCGGAAGAUAUAGGGGGUGAAAUGGAAAUCUAGACACUGAACAAGUAGGAAAAAAUGCAAGAUUUGGAACGCUUAUAACUCGAGCAUUUCUCAAUAGAUGAUAGGAAAUAUAUCUACGCAUCUAUCAUAACGAAUAACAUUUCAUUUUUCUUGAGAUAAAUAAUUGAAUAAUUGUAAAAUAUCAAGCAUUGUCAAAAUGCACUAUGUGCCUAUUUUUGAUUGGUCCAUUUUGUGCUCCUCAAAUCGUACCGACCAAAACGGGCAACCAGAGCAGCAGCGAAAUGGAAUGAAGCACGAUUGGAAAGUGUUGGGGUUAACUGGCCACCCUAACCAAACAUAACCACUAGGCUCUCCGCUGACAGCCUCGACUGUCUGUUCGGUUGACGUCAAGAGGUAGAAAGCCAUUAUGUGUUAUUGUAUUGUGAUGUAGAAUUAUAUAGUCACGUUUUAUCGUUCUAAAUACAGUUUAGUUUUAACCCGCGAUUUUAUUGCCCUAAUGGGCCACCUGAGUAACAUCACAAAAGUGGCGACGAGUGUAAACGUUUUUUUUUUUGUCGGGUUCUCCGGUUUCGAGUAGCGAAAACGCGUCCGAAAAUUCACCACCACCACGACGCCUCCAAGGAAGAGGAGAAAGCGCACAUAUAGCGUAAUGGAGGAGCAGCAGCAAGCGGGAUUGGGUCUUAUACCGUCUUUGGAUAGGAUGUGUCCCAAACAAGGCAAUUCCGGCCAAUCAAAAUUUGGACUUCUCUAAUUUUAUUCGUAAGUCUGCAAUUCGCAAACGUUUAGCUAGCUCUUUUAAAUUUUUGAUGUGUUCUUGGAAGGUUCUACUAGCGACAACAAUGUCAUCCAAGUAUACAAAAAUAUUGGGUUCGAGUUCUCCAAAUCCCAAUACUCUGUCCAUUAAUUUGCUCAAUGUCGCAGGACUAUUCAUUAGUCCGAAUGGCAAUCUUUUGAACUGGAAAAGUCCUCGUCCAGGGAUCGAAAAGGCUGUAUAUGGACGAGAUUCUACGCUAAGGGGAAUUUGAAGAAAUGCUUGACUAAGGUCAAUGGUUGUUAAAUACUUGAAUGAUCCCAAUCGACAUAAAAUGCGAUUUUGAUGAGGAAGUGGAUAAGCAUCACGUUUCGUACGCUCGUUUAAUUUCCUUGCAUCGAGACAUAGCCUCACAUCAUCGCUACCUCGCUUCGCAACUGGGACCACAGGUUGUGCCCAUUCUGAUCGUGAUGAUUCAACAAUAUCGUCUCUGAUCAUGUUAUCUAAUGCUCGAUGGAUUUUACGUUGUGUUUCAGGGCUCCAUGGGUAUGGGUUUUUCCGUAUUGGAGGUUGGUUUCGAAAUUCAUCUUUGAUUUCAAUAGAGUAUGCGAGUAAUUUAGUACAACCUAUAUCUCCAGGAGUGGGUACUAAAAAUAACUUUUGACGUAGGACUACGUCUAACCGGAAGAUAUAGGAGGUGAAAUGGAAAUCUAGACACUGAACAAGUAGGAAAAAAUGCAAGAUUUGGAACGCUUAUAACUCGAGCAUUUCUCAAGAGAUGAUAGGAAAUAUAUCUACGCAUCUAUCAUAACGAAUAACAUUUCAUUUUUCUUGAGAUAAAUAAUUAAAUAAUUGUAAAAUAUCAAGCAUUGUCAAAAUGCACUAUGUGCCUAUUUUUGAUUGGUCCAUUUUGUGCUCCUCAAAUCGUACCGACCAAAACGGGCAACCAGAGCAGCAGCGAAAUAGAAUGAAGCACGAUUGGAAAGUGUUGGGGUUAACUGGCCACCCUAACCAAACAUAACCACUAGGCUCUCCGCUGACAGCCUCGACUGUCUGUUCGGUUGACGUCAAGAGGUAGAAAGCCAUUAUGUGUUAUUGUAUUGUGAUGUAGAAUUAUAUAGUCACGUUUUAUCGUUCUAAAUACAGUUUAGUUUUAACCCGCGAUUUUAUUGCCCUAAUGGGCCACCUGAGUAACAUCACAAAAGUGGCGACGAGUGUAAACGUUUUUUUUUUUUGUCGGUUUCUGCGUUUUCGAGUAGCGAAAACGCGUCCGAAAAUUCACCACCACCACGACGCCUCCAAGGAAGAGGAGAAAGCGCACAUAUAGCGUAAUGGAGGAGCAGCAGCAAGCUUCGGGAGUCAAUUCACUCGGACAGGGCCAGAAUGGGCAUCACCAGCAGCAGCAUCCUCCACCGCAGCAACAGCUUCCUCCGCAUCAACAGCAGCAUCCUUUACCGCCUCAGCAACAUCCAGCACCUCUCCACAAUCAACCGCAGCUUGGCCUUCCACACGAUGCCCUCAUUCUGCAAAUAUUGCAGCAACUGCAGCAUCAGCAAGCCAUAACCAACCAGCUCCUUCAGCAGCAGCGAGAGUCGCAACAGCAACAACAACAGGGAGCUUUCCAGCAGCAGCAGGAAAUCUUUCGGAGCGCGAUGCAAUCCAUCCAAGUGAACGUUCCUCCCAAUCCGGAAAUCAUCCUGGACUCGUUGGCUGCAAACAUUAAAGAGUUUCUGUACGACCCAGAAACUCAUUCCACAUUUGGUUCGUGGUUUGCGAGAUAUGAAGACCUGUUCGCGAAAGAUGCGGAACGAAUAGACGACAGUGCAAAGGUACGAUUGCUUCUCCGUCGGUUGGGAACUCAGGAACAUUAUCGAUAUGUCAGCUACAUCCUGCCAAACACACCGAAAAAUUUCUCGUUUUUGGAAACAGUGGAGAAGUUACGAGGUCUAUUCGGUACAAAGGAGUCAGCAGUGAAAAAGCGGUACUCCACACUCACCAUCACGAAAUCACCCACGGAGGAUUAUGUGUCGUACGCCUGCCGGGUGAACAAGAUGUGUGUGGAAUUUGAACUGUCCAAGAUGUCAGAAGCACAGUUCAAAUGCCUAAUGUUUGUUUGUGGCCUUAAAUCCGAGCGCGAUUCGGAAGUGCGAAUGAGACUGCUUUCCAAGAUCGAGGAUAGCAAUAAUGCCACCCUGGACACGCUCAUCGAUGAAUGUCAACGGUUGAUGAACCUCAAAAGUGAUACAGCCAUGAUUGAGAAUCCGGUUCCCUCUACAGUUCAAGCCAUCAAGGGAAACCAGCAACACCGGAAGACAUUCAAGAAGCCGUUCGACAAUCAGCGUAGUUACCAACAGCAACAGCAUCAGCAGCGGAAGAGUGGUCCGGCAUCACCUUGCUGGAAUUGUGGUGCGAUGCACUACGCAAAAGAAUGUAGCUUCAUCAACCACAAGUGCUCGUCCUGCAAUCAGUCGGGGCACAAAGAAGGAUAUUGCUCCAGUGCCAAGAGAUCAGCGAAGAGAAGAAAACCCUACAAUAAGCAGUUUUCCACCAAAACCGUGGUGUCCGUCAACAGUGUGCAAGGCAAGCGGCGUUUCGUUUGGGUGAAGCUGAACGAUAUUCCGGUUCGUCUUCAAUUAGACACAGCAUCAGACAUCACGAUUGUGUCGAAGCAGAUAUGGGAGAGAAUCGGUAGGCCAGCGGCAGUGCCGACAGUUCAAAGUGCCAAAACUGCAUCAGGAGAGGACCUUCGUCUCGAAUUUGAGUUCUCUUGCACAGUUUCUCUAAACGAGUCCGUGAGUACUGGUCAUAUUUACGUUUCUAAUAACUCCUUGAAUCUUCUGGGAAUCGAUUUUAUCGACAAGCUGAACCUCUGGUCUUUACCGAUGAACAAAUUCUGCAAUCUCGUUAGCGGUGAGGGACCAAUCGAUGCAGCUUCAUUGCAGAGGGACUAUCCCAGACUAUUCAGUUCAACUCUGGGACUCUGCACCAAGACAAAAGUUAGUUUGGCACUCAAGGAGGCAUGCAAACCAGUUUUUCGACCUAAACGACCAGUCUCCUAUGCGAUGCUACCCAUCGUCGAUGCAGAGCUAAAUCGUCUAGAAGGCCUGAACAUAAUCUCUCCUGUAGAUUUCUCGGAGUGGGCGGCUCCAAUUGUCGUGGUGAGAAAAUCAAAUGGUAGUAUCCGUAUAUGUGGCGAUUAUUCUACCGGUCUAAACGAUCGCCUACUACCGCAUCAGUACCCGCUACCCUUGCCACAGGACAUUUUCUCGAAGUUGACUGGCUGUACAGUUUUCAGCCAGAUCGACUUAUCAGACGCUUUUCUGCAAAUGGAGGUCGACGAAAGCAGUCGGAAACUACUCACCGUUAAUACUCAUCGGGGCUUGUACCAAUAUAACAGGCUCCCUCCCGGAGUGAAGGCAGCUCCUGGCGCAUUCCAGCAAAUGAUAGACAUCAUGUUGACAGGACUUAGCUUCACGUCGGGCUAUCUGGAUGAUGUUGUCGUCGGUGGUAGGACCCCUGAAGAACAUCAGCAAAACUUGCACGCAGUACUUCAGCGCAUUCAAGAAUUCGGGUUUACGAUUCGACCAGAAAAGUGCUCUUUUGGACGGGAACAACUCGGAUAUUUGGGCCUUUUGCUCGAUAAAGACGGACUUCGCCCGGAUCCGAAUAAAAUCAAGGCAAUCCAGGACAUGCCUCCUCCUCGCGGUCUGACCGGUGUCCGUUCAUUCCUGGGAGCCGUGAAUUAUUACGGCAAGUUUGUCCCGAAUAUGCGCUCACUGAGAUACCCGUUAGACGAACUCCUCAAGACAUCGUCACCCUUCAAGUGGACAAAAGAGUGUCAAAAGGCUUUCGACGACUUUAAAGCGAUUCUGUCUUCUGAUCUUCUGUUGGCACACUAUGAUCCACAACGAGAAAUUGUUGUAGCAGCUGAUGCAUCAUCAAUCGGCAUCGGAGCUACUAUCAGCCACAAGUACCCGGAUGGCAAAAUGAAGGUGAUACAGCAUGCUUCGCGAGCACUAACAUCCACCGAACAAAAGUACUCGCAACCAGACCGUGAAGGAUUAGCAAUUGUAUUUGCGGUAACUAAGUUUCACAAAUUCAUCUUCGGCAGACGGUUUCGUCUACAAACGGAUCAUGCUCCACUAUUGCGGAUCUUCGGAUCAAAGAAGGGUAUACCGGUGUAUACAGCUAAUCGCCUCCAACGCUGGGCCCUUACACUGUUGUCCUAUGACUUCUCAAUGGAAUAUGUCGCAACGGAUAAAUUCGGGAAUGCGGAUGUAUUGUCGCGUUUAAUUGAUCAGCACAUCAAACCCGAUGAAGAUUUUGUAGUAGCCUGCACAAACCUCGAAGAAGACCUAAAAUCUGUAGCCAACAGCACAAUCAGUCAGCUUCCACUCAGUUUUCGGAUGGUGGAGCAAGCCACAAAUUCCGAUCCAGUUCUUCGGAAAGUCUACCGUUUCAUCAAACACGGAUGGCCGAAAAAUCGUGCCGAAAUCAAGGACCAAGAGUUAUUGCGCUACUACGACCGCCAGGAAGCGCUGUCCAUCGUCGAAGGUAGUAUUAUGUUCAGCGACAGGUUGGUUAUACCAGCACUCUACAGAAAGCGAUGCCUGAAUCAACUGCAUAAGGGACAUCCAGGAGUCCAACGGAUGAAGGCCAUCGCGCGCAGCUUUGUCUACUGGCCUUGUAUGGACGACGAAAUCACUAGCUACGUUCGAGCUUGUAACAGUUGCGCCUCCGUAGCAAGAUCUCCGCCAAAAGCAACACCAGUGCCAUGGCCAAAGCCCACGGUUCCAUGGCAGAGAAUUCACGUCGAUUAUGCUGGCCCACUGGAGGGCGAGUACUAUCUCAUCGUAGUGGAUGCAUAUAGUAAAUGGCCGGAAAUUCUUCCGACUAAGUCCAUCACAGCGAAGGCUACAAUUAACCUGCUACGAAGUGUGUUCACCAACAAGGGGAUGCCAGAAGUCUUAGUGUCCGAUAAUGGCACGCAGUUCACAAGCGCCGAAUUCAAGGAGUUCUGCGUUGAAAAUGGAGUGGAACACAUGACAACAGCACCAUUCCACCCACAAUCCAACGGCCAAGCCGAAAGAUUUGUGGACACCUUUAAGCGGGCGGUCAGGAAAAUUCAGGAGGGAGAAGUUUCCAUCAGAAUGGCAUUGGAUACAUUCCUACUUACCUACAGAACCACGCCAAAUCUGAAUACGCCAAAUGGAAGAUCACCUGCGGAGCUGAUGUACAAUCGUCGACUCAGAACAUCUUUGGAACUUCUACGUGUACCGCACAACCAAGCAUAACCAAUGCAGACUGAUGCUAAUCCUCAAUCCAGGUCGUUCGUUCCGAAGGAUACCGUUUACGCCAAAGUGUACAUCAACAAUAAGUGGACUUGGGCGCCAGGCACGGUAGUGGAAAGGAUCGGCUGUGUAAUGUAUAACGUAUGGGUCGAUAAUAGGAAGUUGAUCCGUUCUCACAUAAACCAGUUGAAGAGCCGAGGUGCAAUGACCCAUCAAGGAAGCAAGAAGCAAAGUAUACCGCUAGACAUCCUGCUGAGUGAGUGCGACGUGAACACGCCUGCAGCAAUGCGUACUCCGAUUCAGGACACACCCUCGCUGGAACACCGAUUGGAACCUAGGUAGUGCGGACUGAAUCAAAACGGCUGUCAAAAAAGAUCCAAUUGAAAUGUCAAAAGAGAUCCAACGAUCAGGAGUGUUAUUUUUCUUAUGAUAAUCAACACUAUAAAAAAGGUAUUGUUAUCAAAUGCAAAAAUAAUUAAACUUAUAAAAUGAACGAACUUCAUUUUUCCGUCAAUUGUUUAAUUGGCCAUUGCAUCUCUGAAAGAGAAUCUCAUAUUGCAAGGUAUCAGAACUUGACCGAAUAUCAACAAACUACAAAUAACGCUUAGUUCACUCCAACAUGCUCCGCCAACGGAUUGGAUGAUAGUUUUUGCUGUACAAGGACAGCACACCAGUUCGAUUAAAGACAGAGUGUACGCAACAGCAGCAAAUUUGAAGCAGAAUUUAAGAAGAAAUUUAAGUGCUUGUAUAAUUUCAUGUAUAUUUCUAUAGUAUUAAGUAAAAUACAAUGUACAUAGUUAUAGUAGUUUAAGUGUGUGUUGUAUUUUGUCUCCGAUGAAACGAGUCCCUCAAUCUGCUACAGUGAUGUGAAUUUCCAUGCGAAUGGAAAAUCCCCGCUGCAUCACUGCAAUGAAGGCAGUCUGCAUCGCGCCCACGGGGGGAUUUUGGGUUCUCACGUUGGGCAAUCCGCAUAAAGGCUGCUUUGGUAUCUCGCAGCGGGAUUAAGUAGCAGUUUUCACAGUCCACUGCAUUAAGACGCUAUCAAAAUAAUCUUGAAAAUGUGUAUGAAAGGUUUGCUACACUUUUGGUUUCCAAUAAUUCAAACAUCGUACUUACUCCACUGAUACGCGAAUCCUUAUUCGGAACUAGUUUGUCGUCUCCGCAAAAAUCAACCCAGUGCGUCUGUAAAUACGUUUCCGAAGCUAUAAGAGCUAACGCGAACAUUUUCACUCGUAUUCGGGCAGCCUUUCACUGAGCAACGCAUUUUUAAUGUCCACUUUCCCUGAUAUAAUUUUUCUCCGAACGAAAUAAAAACAAACGAAGUCACAGUCACGUAAAUGUUUACUCCUGUGAUUUGAAAACAUUCGAUGAAAAGUGGAAAGAAGAGUUGCCAGAUGAUUUUUAAAAAAAUGCUGUAAACAUAUGAGAAAGUCUGUUAAAAAUGUGGAAAUGUCUGUAAAAGCGUGCGAAUCUGUAGAAAUCUCUUUUAAUGUUAAUUUUUCCAGAUUCAUUGAUACUUUGUACAUCGCGAUGCACGUUAGAUUGUCUUUUGUAUAUUAUUGUAUAUUUUGUAUAUGUACAUCUUUUAUAUAUACAGCCAUUCCAUGCCAAACCGAUAUAGUGGUUCUCAGAUUUCAAUGAAAAGUGGUAGUUUUGUUCUUUAUCGCAAAACAUUAAACCCUUUUUUUUCGUUAGGGUGACCAUUUCCAUUUUAGGGUGGUCCGAAAAAUCAU